AUGUCUGGGGAAUCAGCCAGCGCAAUUCCAAGGGGUCAAGUUGAUCUCUUAGACUUCAUAGACUGGUCUGGAGUUGAAUGUCUCAAUCAAAGUGCCACCCACUCUCUCUCCAAUGCUAUUAAACAGGGUUAUAGAGAAGAUGAGGGUUUGCAUCUGGAGAGUGAUGCAGAUGAACAACUUUUGCUCUAUAUUCCUUUCACACAAGUUGUUAAACUCUAUUCCAUUGUUAUCAAAGGUCCUGAAGAUGAAGGUCCCAAGACAGUGAAACUCUUCUCUAACAAGGAGCAUAUGGGAUUUAGUAAUGUCAAUGAUUUUCCUCCAAGUGAUGUGGCAAAUUUGUCUGAAGAAAACCUUAAGGGGAAGCCAGUACUUCUAAAGUACGUCAAAUUCCAAAAUGUUCGCAGCUUAACAAUAUUUAUUGAGGACAACCAAACAGGUUCAGAGGUCACAAAAGUUCAGAAGAUUGUGCUGCAUGGUUCAACCGUUGAAACAACGGACAUGAAGGGUUUGAAGAAGAUUGAGGAUCAUUAA